CUCUUCACACCUCUCCUUCUCCCUUUUCAAUUUUCUGUUGUAGCUUCCUACUUCUUUAGUGUUUUUGCGGUUAAUGUUAACUCGUAAGUUUAUUUUGUAUUACUUUUUAUUGUGAUUUGUGAUUUUUACGAUAUUAACUGAACUAUAGUUUUUUUGCAUAUGGAAUUCCAAAAGUUCACACUUGGGUUACGGUGAAAUGGUUACACAGAAGAGACCGGAAAGGGGGUCACCUACGUCGGUGGCAAUUUUCAGAAAAUAAAGGUCGCUACCAGACCGAUGCUUGAAGACCUCCAUCAAAUGUGUACUAACGUUACUUGCAUGGAUUGCAUGAGAAGAGUUGAUCGUAUGGUGUACCGAUAUCCAAACAGAGAAGGCGGGUCGUUGUGGCAUGAGGAAUAUAUCAUAACCACCCAGGAUGAAGUAGAUUCCAUUCACGAAUUCUUGAGGUCCAACAAUCUUUCCAAAGCCAAGAUGUUUGUUUACACCUAGGCGGUCGUAGGCGUUGGAGGUCAUUCUGGAGACGAUCAAACAUCAGGUAUCCAUGGUGGAGGUGAAUUAUAUGGAAAUCAUCCCUACCAAAGUUACCAUUCAGUACCAAGAUCAAGGUGAAGGUCAUCAUCAAUCUUUCCCAUCAUAUGAAGAAGAAGUUCGACCGGACCAUGCCAACCAACCCGAGUACAACUCCCAAUCAGACAGUGAUAGUUUUCACAACUACCAUUAUGGAGUUGAUGAAGGUGCCUUUCAUGAGCUGGAUCAGAUGGAAGAUGCCCUGCCAGCACCAGUUAGUGAAGGGCCAACAACAAUCACAUUCCAGACGACGAUUGGUGUGUCGACAGCGACAUGGAGCCGCUAGAGGUCCCUGUAUGGGGUCCACUCACUGGGUUUAUGAAGGACCAACAAUUUGGCUCAAAGAAGGAGGUGCGGCAUGCCAUUGAUAAUGAAGCAAUGACUCGGCAUUUUGAAUGGCACACAACUCAUUCUAAUUGUACUAAAUUUUCGAAUUAUGACUAAUGUAAUACUUUUCUGUGCGUUCCUCGGUUGUUGCCUACCAAGAGAAAAAAUUCCAGGAGAAGUUGCAGAAGAUGCGUGAGUUAUGCCCUGAAGGGGCACAGUGGCUAGAUGGACACGACCUAUCCAUGUGGACAUUUCAUAAAGAUGGAGGUACAAGAUGGGGUAUUGCCACAACGAACUCAAGUGAGAGUAUCAACUCUGUCUACAAGGGUUUUCCUUCACUGCCAAUCUCUGCCAUUGUGGAGAUGACUUUCUGGAAAAAGAAUGCAUGGUUUGUCAAUCGACUCCACUGGGCAAGGACGAAUGAAGAACAGGGAAAGGUCCAUGCCUAUAAAAUCACCAAAGUAAUGGAGAAUGACAAUCACAAGAGCAGUCGACACAGUGUAACCGUUAUGAACCGGGAAAAUGGCGAGUUUAGCGUGACGACCAGACAUCGUGAGGAUGGUAGACGUGGGGGCCAUUGACAGGAAGUUUUGGUCAAUUUCAGGACAACUUGGUGAGUGCUCAUGCCAGAAGUAUCAGUGGAGAGGGUGGCCAUGUACUCAUGCAAUGGUCGUAAUUAAAAACAGGAGCAAAGACCCCCGUCACUUCGUCAGUCCAUUCUUCAAUAUCGACUCACUGAAAAUUUCUAUGGACGGAGUUUCCGUGCAUUGCCUGAUGAAGCUUAUUGGCCAGGGUACGAAGGAAAGUUGAUAAUCCCGCCGUUCGGACAGAGGCGUGAACCGGGUCUACCUAGGAAAAAGAGAAUUCACAAUGAAAUGAAUCAAAGUGG